AACUUCCGGUCCUGACUUUAGUUUUCCUCCUCUUAGGUCAAACUGGUUUAUGGUCAUUGCAUUUUUAUGUUUUUCUGCUGUUGGUUUGGUAUUGUGUUUACAAGAAAAGGGUUGCUUUAAGCACAUUGUUUUCGUUUUAUAAUACAAUGAAUCUAGAUCUCAAAAUAUUUCUUAAUCAUCAAUGUUGAUUCGUUUAUCAACAGUUCAACAGUAAUCUUUUGCUAAAUUAAUAAUUACCAACUCUGUUUAAAAUGAAUGCAAACAGUAAUGUACCGGGUAAAGUGACGAUCAAAAUGAAAUUGAGUGAUGAAGAUUAUCAUGAUAUUGUUCUUGACUGGUCAGAUGAAAGUUGUGAAUACAAACAGCAACUAUUUAUGCGAAAGCUUGCUUCAUACACCAGAGUACCGAUUGAAUACUUCACGUGUGUAAUCCUGUUUCAUGGACGAGAUACACACAUUUUUCACAACCAAGAAACUAAAUACAGAAUUGGUAUGAUUGAACCUGAAAAUGAAACUUUUAUGAGUAUUUUCAAUGAUGGUAAUUGUUUUUGUGUUUAUACGGCAUUUUGUUGGUCAGACCAAGAUAAUGGUUUUGUGAUAAGAUUUGAACUGGCGACUCCAGAUGUGGCUAAUGUUUCACAAUGUGACUGGUUCUGGUGUCAAUACACGAGUACCAGAGGUUUAAUGGAUAAAAGAAUAAAAAUACUUAAAAAUUCUGAGUUAAAUGCAAAACUCAAUGCUGAAAACGAGAGACGACAUGAUGAUGAUGGUGCUGAGUUUGGGAGACUCUAUUCCGAUUACAAUAUCAAUCAAGUUCACUCAAUGUAUUUUAAUUGUCGUUCCGACGAGAUGGAUUAUCACCCCGAACGUCGUUAUCCAUCGAAUCGUGGUUAAUCUUAAUUUUAUUGCUGAUUAUUCAGCAGCCAGAUUAGUUAGAGAGUUAAAGUCCGAAGAAAGUCUGAGCUAAUUCAUUUAAUGAUAAAUAAACUCAUAACGCAUAAAAGUUA